AUGUUGUCCAGAAAUGUCAGCAUAACCUUGCCCUUUACCUAUCUUUUAAUUUUCUUGUUCUUUUUUGCCGCCCUAGUUUACUCGGUUGUUAGAUACAAGUAUCUAACUGCGUACUCCAAAUUCAAUUCGGAUAUUGAUUUGGGUUCAGAUUCUUUUGAUAACAAUCAAAAUCAAGAAAAAUUCAAAAAGGAUUAUAGAAAUAAAAACAAAAACAAAAACAAAAAUCUUGAUGCUAUCUUAUUCAAUCCAAAGGAUUUAUUUGAAGAGAAAAAUUCUCAAUUUUCUUCUUACUUGGAUGAAUUCCUCUAUGCUAUAAAAAUCUUUGGUUAUUUGGAAAAACCUGUUUUUCAUGAAUUAACCAAAUCAAUGAGAACUCAAAAAUUGGAUCAAAAUGAAGUUUUAUUCUUAGACAAUUCAAUUGGCUUCUCAAUUGUAGUCGAAGGCACGAUUCAAGUUUUUUCAAAAGUUGAUAAUAACAAUAACAACAACAACAAUAUUAAUAAUGACAAUAGUAUUAGCAGCAAUGAUGACAAUGACCCCAAUUCUUUUGACGGCCUUCGGGACAACUUUGAUCCAGAUAAUAACAAAAAUCACAAUUUUGAUAACAACUAUAACACAAAUGAUGACUCCUAUGUUCUAAACAAUCAAAAAUACCAAUUACUAAAUAAUGUCAAAAGCGGUGCUCCAUUAUCUUCUUUAAUCUCGGUUUUAUCCCUAUUUACCGGUGAUAAUAAUGACUUCAUAUCAAAAUCGUCCAAUUUUCAAUUGAAUCAAUCAAACAACCUAAAUCAACUAAACAAUUCAAAUAAUGACUCGAUUAAUCCAAAUCAAUUUCAAAAUAACCAGCAAAACUUAAUCCUACCAAACAUUAUAGCAAAGGCUUCAACUGAUGUCACAAUUGCAAUAAUACCGGCCGACUCAUUUAGAAGAUUAAUCAGAAAGUACCCAAGAUCCGCUUCUCAUAUAGUUCAAAUGAUUUUGACAAGAUUAGGUAGAGUCACUUUUCAAGCUGCUCAUUCUUAUUUAGGCUUAACAAAUCAAUUAGUUGAAACAGAAAUUAAACUAAAUGAAAACACAACCUUUGAAUUACCUUCUUAUUAUAUAAAAUCCGAUAUUAAGUUAAAACCAACUUUAAAUGGCAGAUCAAGGCAUGUCAUUCUUGAUUCUAAAAAUCAAUUCAAUCCCGGUGAUUUAUUAUCAAAUGUCCCAUUAUCAAGAAAAGAAUUCCCAUAUCGAAUUGUUUCAUCUCCAACAAGGGAAGAAAUUAGAAUGAGAACUUUUAGUGCUGAAGAAGAAACCGAAGAAACAUCUUUAAGGAUUGCAUUAAUUGAAAAUAUUUUUAAAAUUCUAGGUAUUUCAAGAGAAAAUUUAAAACCUCCAUUAAAUAAAACCUCAUCUAGUACUUCAAUUUUAAGUGAUAAUAACUAUUCUCCUACUAAAAAUUUUCUAAGUUUUUCUACAACUCCAACUCCUUUAACCUUAAGCAUGGUAAAAAGAUUUAAUCAAAAAAAUAAUUUUAACUCUCAUAACUUCUCAACUUUAAAUGGAAAUACGUUAUCAAGUAUUUAUGAUGAAGAAGAAAAUUCUGAUCAUCCUAUUUCUUAUGAUUAUGAUAACGCUAAAAAAGAAUUUGCUGAUGAUAUUGAAAUAAUUUUUUUCAAAGAGGAUAGUACUAUUAUAAAUCAAAAUUCUCAAAGUAAUGGAUUAUAUUAUUUAAUUGAUGGAUUUUUAGAUGUUAGCUAUAAGGAUAAUUCUAAUGGUUCUGAUUAUUUUUUAUAUACAAUAAAACCUGGAGGAAUUGGAGGUUAUUUAUCAUCAGUUGUUGGUUACAAAAGUUUUGUUACAAUGAAGGCCAAAACUGAUGUUUAUCUUGGUUAUCUUUCAAAGAAUUCAAUUGAAAAACUAUGUGAAAAGUAUUUCAUGAUAUAUUUAUCAUUAGCUAGAAAAUUAUGUGAAACCAUUCAGCAACAAAAUCCUUUAAUCUUAUUAAUGGAUUUUGCAGUAGAAUGGAUUCAAACACCAUCAAAUCAUAAUCUUUACAUUCAAAAUGAAGAGGCAGAUAGUAUUCAUAUUGUAUUGAAUGGUAGAUUUAGAUCAUAUGUUCAAACAGAAGACGGAGAAACUAAAGAAGUUGAUGAAUAUGGACAAGGUUCAUCAUUGGGUGAGGUUGAGGUUCUCACAGCUGCAAAGAGACCCUCAACACUUGUAGCAGUUCGAGAUUCUGAGACUGCAAGUAUUCCAAGAACAUUAUUUGAAUAUUUAGCAUUAAAGGAUCCAUCGAUUACAAUUAAAAUUUCUAGAUUAGUUGCAGAAAGAGUACUGAAAAAGAGCAAUGAUAUUAGCUAUUCAUCAUUUUUUGUGAAUUCUAAAUAUGAAAAGACCAAUUUUUAUAACUAUAAAACAUUGACAAUUUUACCAAUUACAAAUGGGUUACCAGUAGCUGAAUUUGGAGAAAAAUUGGCCAAUGCAUUUAAAAGUAUUGAAAAAACAGUAAUGGUUUUAGAUCAAACAGCUACAUUAAAUCAUUUGGGAAGACAUGCAUUUGAUAGAUUGUCGAAAUUAAAACAAAGUGGAUAUUUUGAGGAUAUCGAGGAACGAUAUCAAAUUGUGUUAUAUAUUGCGAAUACUCCAGUAAAUUCAUCAUGGACCAAGACAUGUAUAUCGCAGGGGGAUUGCAUAUUAUUAUUGGCAGAUGCGCUAUCAUAUCCAGAUAUUGGUGAUUAUGAAAGAUUAUUGCUUAAGAUGAGAACAUCAGCGAGAAUUGAGUUAAUAUUAUUGCAUCCACACCGAUAUGUGCCACCGGGAUUGACUAAUAAAUGGUUGAAACCUAGAUUAUGGGUUUCAUCACAUCAUCAUAUUCAACUGGACUUUAUCCAUUCUGGUGAUUCUAAAGGUUUUAUGGUUGAUGAAAGUUCGUUGGAAUCGUAUGGAUCAAUUUUGAUGAAUUCAUUAAUAGUGGCAAAUUUAAGAUCAAAGGUUCAAACAAUAAGAAACGAUAUCUUUUUGAAAUAUAGUAAACUUCGAUCGAUACCAUUUUAUCAAAGUUCGCAAUCAUAUAAGAAUGAUUUUCUAAGGUUAGCAAGAAUAUUGUCAGGACAAGCAGUUGGGUUGGUAUUAGGAGGAGGGGGAGCGAGAGGAAUUGCACAUGUUGGUGUGAUUAAGGCUCUAGAAGAUAAUGGAAUCCCGAUUGAUAUAAUUGGAGGAACAUCGAUUGGAUCAUUUGUUGGAGGAUUAUAUUCGAGAGAUUACGAAUUUUUGUCCAUAUUUGCAAAAACCAAGAAGUUUAGUGGAAGAAUGUCGAGUAUUUGGAGAAUGAUUACUGAUUUAACGUAUCCAAUAACUUCAUAUACAACAGGACAUGAAUUUAAUAGAGGAAUUUGGAAAGCAUUUGGGCAAAGCCGAAUUGAAGAUUUUUGGUUACAGUACUUUUGCAAUUCGACAAAUAUAACGAAUUCUGAGAUGGAGAUUCAUUCCAGUGGAUAUUCAUGGAGAUAUAUCAGAGCAUCGAUGUCAUUAGCAGGAAUGGUUCCUCCGUUGAUUGACAAUGGAUGCAUGUUAUUGGAUGGUGGGUAUGUUGAUAAUUUGCCAGUGAUGGAGAUGAAAAACCAUGGGGCAAGCAUAAUAUUAGCAGUUGAUGUUGGGUCAAUAGAUGAUAGAACACCAAUGUCAUAUGGAGAUUCGUUAUCUGGUACAUGGGCAUUUUUCAAUAGGUUCAAUCCCUUUUCGAAGCAGCCCAAUGUGCCCAACAUGGCAGAGAUUCAAAUGAGAUUAGCGUAUGUUGCGUCAGUGAAUGCUUUGGAGAGGGCAAAAAGAACACCGGGGGUGAUCUACUUGAGACCACCAAUCGACGACUUUGGCACAUUAGAAUUCGGAAACUUUGACAAGAUCUAUCAAGUGGGAAUGGACUACACAGUAAGCAAGUUGAAGGAGCUUCAGGACCAUGGCAAAUUCCCCAAGAUACCAGGGGCAACCGGAAAACAUGUAAAGAACGAGAGACCCAUCAAUCAGCGCCGCAAUUCAAUUUAG